CUUUGUGAUAAAUUCUCUCCAUGGAUCCGGUUCAACCAUAUGAGCAUUUGUGCUAUGUUCGGUGCACGUACUGCAACAUUGUUCUUGAGAUUAGGAUACCAUGCAAACGGAUGCUGGAGACUGUCACGGUGAAAUGCGGGCAAUGCUGCAACCUCUCGUAUCUAACCGCGGUGCCUCCACCACCAGUACAGUCCCCGAGCCUCGAUUCCUCAGCUACACUUCAGUCUUCUCUGUGCAGUGAUUCGAAGAGGCUCCAGAAGAAGAAGAAGAAUAAACAGCUUCAUUGUUCAUCUCCUAAGCAUGAAUCCUCAUCAUCAUCCUCUAAUGCACCCUUUGUAGUUAAACCUCCGGAAAGGAAACAUAGGCCUCCUUCCGCAUACAACCGAUUCAUGAGGGAGGAGAUACAGCGCAUCAAAGCAGCCAAUCCGAAUAUACCUCACAGGGAUGCCUUUAGUGCAGCAUCAAAGAACUGGGCUAGGUGCAGCAGUAUCACGAACAUGCCUCUGUUCACAACCAUUUCUGAGUCCAGCAACAAUGUUUGCACGAAGGAGUGAUUGGUCUACGAAUAUCUGUAGCUGAAGCUGCGAAGUGGGAGUAGCCUGAGUACUUUAUUAAAGUUUAGAGCUAUGUAUUAAUCAUUGCUAAUCAAGUAGCUUUUGUUCUGUCUAAUCAUGUUUGUGCUGUUAAUUAUCCUUAAUCAAGUACAUGGUAGCUUUUCUGUCUAAAUUAUGUGAUUUAAUUCGUACCUCAAAUUUUAUAAAACCAGUGCCUGAUAUA